AUGGCGUCAAGCUCCGCGCAUGAUGCGAAGAAUACCCCAAAACGACUUCGCAAACGAACUGAUAACAUAGCCUAUCGCAUGCCUGGCCCAACGGCUCCAAGGUUCAUCAUCUGUGACCGACAUGGACCUUCUCUUGAGUCUGCCCAGGUUCCUCUCGCACGGGCUUUAGUUCUGUUCGACCUUCGACUUGUCCUCCGAGUUCAAAAGUUUCACCAAAAAGGUGCUUCAUCUGCAGAUGAAACACGCAAAGCCGAAGCUAUUCGUUGGUUAGAAGAUUGUAAUGAUAUCAAACAUCAGUGGAAAGACAUCAAUUCAGGGCAAUGUCAAUUCAGUGAGCUGUACAUGAAAAGCAAUUGCUUCAUUCCUAUUUGGACAGAAGGCAUGCGCAUCAUUAAAGAGGUGCUUAAGAGUAAUCCAGUUUCCAGGAAUCAGUCUCGAAAGCAAGAAGGCUUUGUGCAUCUUCUAGGAGAGUAUAUGAGUCAAGCAAACGACCUGCAGGCCCAGAUGGUUAAUACUGCUCAUCAGGGUCUUUUCGACCCGGACUUCCUCAAUCCGAUCCAAGAGCGCUGGAUGCGGCUGGACGAAACUGUUAAGUUACAUUACGACUUGUGUAACUUUUGCGUUGACGAAGACGAACCCUGUCUUUUUCGACCUUCACUUACAUGGUCAGAAGUUCGAAGCUUAGUACAAGUGAAUGAUGUAGGGACAAAACGUGACGACAAACUUAGUCAAAUCCAAAUUGCUAGCAGGCCCAGGAAGGCAAGUGAGCCUGAUACAACAGCAGGGUCUAAGAAAGCCAACAUUUUCAUUUUGUGGCUAGUAGUCUUCAGCUGUGCUGUGGCUCCUGCCCCAUUGUUCGCUCUCGGUUACUCCCGUUCACUUCAUCUCCAAGGAACAGCAAACGACGCAGACUUCUGGUUCCUUAUACAAGCUACAUUGCUGCAAGUUCAAGGGCUAGUCGUUUCUGCGCUUCUUGAACGAAAGCGUGGCCGCCUCCCAAGAUGGCGCUGGGCCAUUCCGGCUGCAAUUGCAGCAGCUUGUUCUAUCGUGGCAAUUCCCGUUUAUCUGACUGUACCAAAAGAGUGGAGCUCCUUUCUCUCUCUAGUUGCCGGAACAACUCAAUCCUUCAUGAUAUUGCAAUUGUUUCUUUUCUAA